CAAUAGAUGGCAGUCAUAUGUUCGUUUUGGUUUCUAGAGACAACGUCUGUCAAAGAACAAUUGUGUGGUUAGAAAAUUAGACUGUUGCUUUUGAUUGCUGGAAUAUUCUGUAAAGUUACUGAAGGAAGUAAUUUGACAGCACGCAUUUAGAAAACCAAGUCUUAUUUUGUACAAAUAUAUUUAAGAUCUAUUCGCAAUUUGACAAUUGCCCACUUCUGCAAAAGCGUCGAGACGGAAAAUAGUUUUCCUGGUCGCGAGCUACCGCGAGGAUCUAUUCAAUCAUCACACCCGAGACUGUUAUCUUCAAAUUAAUACUUGCUAAAUGGGUGCUCAUCGAAGUGAGGGACGGAGGGAUUGGCUUCAACAAGAUGCUGUUGAACAGCCGCCCAUACAAACUAUGAAUCCAUGGAACAUCAUGAUAAAACACAGACAGGUCCAUCGCAGGGGCAGACGCUCACAGAUGACCGUGAGCUACACAGAUCCUGUUAUAUCCAUGGACCUCCUCCGAACGGUUCUGCAGCCCAGCUUCAACGAGGACAUUAUGGGAGUCUUCAGAAAAUACAUGAAGUUCUUUGAGAAAGCAGCCAGCAAUGUCAAGGAGAACGUUGGAGACGACGUGCAGACCGACCAGCUGAUCCGAGAAGCCUGCAGAAACUGCCUAGAAAAUGCCAAACAGAUCUUCUCAGAUGGGGAGAAAGCGGCAGUGGCAAGACCAGGGCCUGAGCUUCCAUUCAAGCGGGUGAAACUGGAGGAUGAGUCCAGCCAGAGGGCCAGCCCUGUUCCAAAAAAGCGGAAAGGACGCCCAACCGCUCCUGUCGGUUCUUACGACAAACCUGUUACAUAUAGCAAUGUGCCCAAGCCCAAGACAUUGGAGUCCGUAAAGCGUGAGGGACCAAAGUGGGACCCUUCCAGACUGAAUGAAGGAAGCACAUUUGUUCUUGGGUCCAGGGCAAACAAGGCUUUAGGAAUGGGUGGCACCAGAGGAAGGAUUUACAUCAAACAUGCUGAACUCUUCAAGUAUGCUGCUGAUGCUCAGGACAAACACUGGUUGGCAGAGAGACAGCAUAUGAGAGCCACAGGUGGAAAGAUGGCCUAUCUCCUUAUUGAAGAGGACGUCCAGGACCUUUCUCUGAGUGACGAUUACAAAGAUUGCCCCGACCUAAAAAUGACCCCAAUUGAAUUAAAGCCUUUUACUGUUCCUGGGUGGAUGAUUGAGAAGAUGCAGAAAGCCAUGGAGGUCCAGAGUUCGGGGAAGGAAUAAAAUUGUACUUUGUGUGCAGGGAAGGAAUAAAAUCCUAUUUUGCGUCGCUAUGGCACCAUAUUCCCCAUAUAGUGCACAACUUUUGACCAGAGCAAUAUACUGUAGGCCAUGGUCAAAUGUAGUGCAUGACAUAGGGAAUAGGGUGCCAUUUAGGAUGCAAGCCUAGAAAACCACAGAACAGAAAGAAUUCCUGUCACAUCAAAUCACGAAAGACUGGACAAGUGCCAAUGUAUUUUCUGCCUGUGUAGCUUUGGAUGCAGUGUCAUUGUAUACAACUACUGAACAGUGUUCUUUGAUAAAGAAAUGUGCCAUCUUUUUCUAUUUGUAUCCUUACUGUAACGUUAAAAGGGGCUCUAUGGCAGGCUAUGGCCCCUUGGUAAUAGAACGGUUCUUGGGGGUGAGGGUGUAUUCCCCCCCCCCCCCCCAUAAUGAAUAUAUAAGGAGUUUCCAUUGUUCUUGUACAGUGAUUUUGUUUUCCCAUUUACUAGACUGUAUUCUCAAUUUUAUACAAUGUCAGUUGCUUUUGUUUAUCAUUUGCUGUGAUUUUAUUUUUUACUACAAACUUUCAAGAGCAGAAUGUAUUUAAUUUUGUCUUUUCGGAUUAGUUGACUAUGAUUUAAAAAGGAUAUGGGUGCUUGAUGAUCAAUUUGUUAGUCAUUUCUAUGCAAAAUAAAUGUUUUAAUGACUACA